CGCGGGGCGGAGGCGGGCGGCGGGCCCGCUCUCCCCGAAGGCCGCGGGCCCGCUCUCCCCGAAGGCCGCGGGCCCGCUCUCCCCGAAGGCCGCGGGCCCGCUCUCCCCGAAGGCCGCGGGCCCGCUCUCCCCGAAGGCCGCGGGCCCGCUCUCCCCGAAGGCCGCGGGCCCCGCCGCGCUCGGGGCCGGUUCGGGGGCCGGGCACGGGAGCCCUGCAGGAGCGCGGCCAUGCCGCCCGGCCGCGGGGGCGGCAAGGCGGCCGUGGUGCUGCGGUGCGAGUGGCAGCGGUGCUCCUUCGCGGCCUCGGGGAUGGAGGAGUUCUGCGGGCACAUGGCGCAGCACCUGCGGCGGCACCUCCCUGGCGAGCCCCGCGGCCAGAUGGACCCUCUGGAGGAAUACACGUGCCUGUGGCAGGACUGUGGUUUCUGCUCCCCGGAGAGCUCGGCCGACCUGGUGCGCCACGUCUACUUCCACUGCUACCACACCAAGCUGAAGCAGUGGGGGCUGCGGGCCCUGCAGGGCCAGGCGGACGUCAGCCACUGCCAGCUGGACCUGCAGAGCCGCAACAUCAUCCCCGAGAUCCAGGAGAACUUCCUGUGCCUCUGGGAGUACUGCGAGAGGUCGUUUGACAACCCCGAGUGGUUCUACCGGCACGUGGAGGAUCACAGCUUCUGCUCCGAGUACAAGGCGGCAGGGAAGGAGAACCACGUGCUGCUCUGUGGCUGGAAAGACUGCAACUGCAGCUUCAAGGGCCGCUGCAAACUGCGGGAGCACCUGCGCAGCCACACGCAGGAGAAGGUGGUGGCCUGUCCCACCUGUGGGGGGAUGUUUGCCAACAACACCAAGUUCUUCGACCACAUCCGCCGCCAGACCGCCCUGGACCAGCAGAGGUUCCAGUGCUCCCACUGCUCCAAGAGGUUUGCCACGGAGAGGCUGCUCCGCGACCACAUGAGGAACCACGUGAACCACUACAAGUGCCCCCUGUGUGACAUGACCUGCCCGCUGCCCUCCUCGCUACGCAACCACAUCCGAUUCCGGCACAGCGAGGAGCGCCCCUUCAAGUGUGACUACUGUGACUACAGCUGCAAGAACCUCAUUGACCUGCGGAAGCACCUGGACACGCACAGCAAGGAGCCGGCGUAUCGCUGCGAGUUCGAGGCCUGCAGCUUCUCUGCACGGUCCCUCUGCUCCAUCAAACUGCACUACAGGAAGGUCCACGAGGGUGACUCCGAGCCCCGGUACAAGUGCCAUGUGUGUGACAAGUGCUUCACACGGGGGAACAACCUCACUGUCCACCUCAGGAAGAAGCACCAGUUCAAAUGGCCCUCGGGACAUCCUCGCUUCAGGUACAGGGAGCACGAGGAUGGCUACAUGAGGCUGCAGCUGGUGCGCUACGAGAGCGUGGAGCUCACAGAGCAGCUGCUCAAGGACAGGGAGAAGCGUGGGGAGGCUCUGGAUGGCUCCAGCGAGUGCGUGGUGCUGCCUGAGGGCGAGGGCAACCUGCAGGGCAUCCUUCUGGAGCCUCCAGCAAACCCUGCCCCGGCAGAGAACAGCACAGCUGAGCUGGCCCUGGCCGUGCCCCCAGCCCUGUGCUCUGCUGCCGCUGAGCCAGCACGGCCGAGCCCCUUCCCAGGAGCUGCCUCCUCCUCCUCCUCAGAGCAAGGAGCCAGCACACGCAACCCCAUCAUCCGUGUGGUGAACAGGACCAACGAGCAGGGCCAGAGUGAUACUGUCUAUUACGUGAUGGCCAGCACGGCCUCGGAGCAGCAGGCACAGCAGCCCAGGCCGUGGAGCAGGAGGAAACGUCAUGGACAGGCUGCAGAAACAGCUGAGGAGCUGGGCAUCCAGAUCCUGUGAGGGCUGCCUCUCUGCAGGAGGAGAAUUCAGCCUCCUGGGGAUGUGCUGCUGGAGGAUGCUUGGGGAGAGGGCUGGGCUUGUCUUCAGCCCAGCCUCGCUGGCUGCUGGUUCUGCUCAGCAGUGAGAGGGGAUGGACAGAUGUCCCAGGAGUGAAUCAAGUGAUCUGAGCUGGAAAGAGCCUUCUGCCUCCUCCUUUUGGAGGCUGGGGCCUGUCAAGCUUGUCCCACCCUUCUGGAGGUUUGGCCUCAGCCUGGCAGGGUGGAGUGGUCACCAGCUGUGCCCUUCUGAGCCUGUUCCCCAGGCAGGAUGUGUGUGGGGCACACUCUGGUGCUGAAGCCUCUUCCCUGGGAACAUGUGUGGCCCUUGGCAGGCCUGUCCUGCCCCAUCCAUGCCUUCUCCAGGGGGUGUCAUGCCUUCAUCAGCACUUCCUGCACACAUUUCCUGUCUCACCUGCUGCUGCUGGUGUUUGCCUCCCUGAUCCCAUAACAGCCCUGAUCUCUAUGAGGACAGUGCUGGAGCUGCUGUCCCUUGCAGGCCAGUGCAGCACUGGGACAUUGGGAGCUUCUUGCUGCUUUUGGCAUCCCCUGGGUGUCCUCCCCACAUUGGGGUUUGGGCUCCUGGCUGAGCAAAGUGUACUUUGGCAAGACAAAUAAACAUCAGGCUGCCAGGCCCA